UUCACCCCAAUUUUCGUGGUAUCCAAUCGCUAGUAAUUACUAUCUUGUCUCAUCGCUACAACUCCCGUACGGGCUCGGGAGAGACGAAGGUCGAAAGCCAUGCGUCCUCCGAAGCACAACCCAACCAAGCCGCACUGCUUCUUAACACAGCGCGCCUCCAACCCGGAAGCCAGCCGCACCAAUGUGUCGGAGGAAACACCGUGCACCCGCCCCCCUCGGUUAGCGCGCACUGCGCCCGGCCCACCACCUGAGUCGCUGGAGCGCGAUGAGACAAGGAUAUCCCUACCGGCCAAACCCCCAAUAACCCGGACGCCACCCAGGACCACUGCGCCACCCGGGAGGCCUAUUCUCCCUUGUUUUAAUCCAUCCAUCGAUUUUUCACUGCUCAUGUCCUGUUCAGGGCGGCAGGAGCAAUUGUCCAAUAUUUUAAUUAAAUGAUACUGGCCUACGUUGUCCGUUGCUAGGUUAAACAGGUAAACGCCUCCUUUUGAAUCAGUCUGCUCGGUCAUUAGCUCAAAGCUAACCCUUCGACGAAGAAGAUGGCGAAAAGAAAAAAAGAUGACGAGUAUCGUACAUUUCAGGACGAAUGGACCGAAGAAUUCGCCUUUGUGGAGAGAGCAGGUUCUGCGGUGUGUGCUCUCUGUUUGGCAACAGCACACUGCUCUAUGUCUCCUACAAGAAGAAGCACCUGCUCAAACCAGCUGAGAUUUUCAUUAUCAACCUGGCCAUCAGCGACAUGGGUCUGACUCUGUCCCUCUACCCCAUGGCCAUCACCUCCAGCAUCUACCACAAGUGGCUGUUUGGGAAAACGGUGUGUUUGAUCUACGCGUUCUGCAGCGUGUUGUUUGGGAUCUGCAGUCUGACCACUCUCACCCUGUUGAGCAUGGUGUGUUUUGUGAAAGUAUGUUAUCCUCUCUACGGUAACCGAUUCAACCCGGGGCAUGGCCGUCUGCUGAUAGCCUGUGCGUGGGUCUGGGCCCUGGUGUUCGCCUUCUCCCCUCUGGCCCACUGGGGUGAGUAUGGUCCAGAGCCAUAUGGCACAGCCUGCUGCAUCGACUGGCGCCUGUCCAACCUGCACCCCGUGGCCCGCUCCUACACAAUGGCACUCUUUAUCUUGUGCUACAUCGUGCCCUGCUGCAUCAUCACGGUAUCCUACACGGGCAUUCUGAUGACGGUUCGAGCCUCUCGUAAGGCCAUGGAACAUCACGAGGCCCGGCCGGCCAAGAUGAGCAACAUCCAGACUGUUAUUGUGAAGCUGAGUGUUGCUGUCUGUAUCGGUUUCUUCACAGCGUGGAGCCCGUAUGCCGUGGUGUCGAUGUGGGCAGCGUUUGGACACAUGGAGACCAUCCCACCGUUGACAUUCGCCAUACUCGCAAUGUUUGCCAAGUCCUCCACCAUAUACAACCCCAUCAUCUACCUGCUGCUCAGGCCCAACUUCCGCAGGGUGAUGUAUCGGGACCUGGUGAGCUUUCACAGGGCCUGUCUGAAGGGCUGCCUGUGCUCCUGCUCCCAAGGCGCUGUGGGGAAGUGCCGCUCUGGCUCUGUGGUCCAGGUUAGCCUCCGGUCGCUCCGCAGACCAACAGGACACGACCAGUCCUGUUCCACCAACUCAUCUGCCAACCAAGCCCUCGCCGGGUACAGAGGUUGUAGCAGCACCUGCGAGAAUUGCAGCGACGCCUUCGAGUGCUUCAGACACUACCCCAGAGAUUGCCAUGGUGGCACCAACCCCCCCAGCUCCUCAAUCAACACUAACGCACCUCAGGAUCAGCUCUCAACAGAGCCCCAGCCCAAGCUGCAGCCCCUGACACAGAAACCAACAUGGAAGCAGAGGCAGAAGCAUAAAAAACAGGAGGCCUGUCACAAGAAGUCCCUGCGAGCCACCAUGAGCAGCAAAAGGACCUCGGAGAUCGACAACCUACAGAUCAACUUGGAGAUGGUGCCAGGACACGCUAAAUUUGCCUGGCCAUAGAAUGUGAUAUAUCCAUUCUCUGGUUUUAUAUUUUUUACAUCUCUGAUAUAUAUUUUUCAGUUGAUAUUUAAAAUGACUUUAUUUAUUUAUCUGUCAAGAUAGACAGUGACUUAGUUGAAAUGCGCUUAGUAAAAACCUAGGUUGUCCUUCAGGGAUUCGUGUGGGCUGGAGGAGAACACGGUGGAACAAAAUGGAACCCCAUCAUCCUCGGAAGGAUCGGGACAGAAACCAAGGUACAAUACUGUUUACGUCAAUAAACAGUUUACACAUGGACGAUGGAAAGCGAAACCCACUUUGACAUCAGUCCGCUUCCUCUACAAUCCCCUUUCCAUCCAGUGUUUACAGUUGUCUAAUACAGGUACAUAUACAGUAGGUGCUGGAUUGUUUUGUUGGUUCAGUACAGCAUGGUUUAACUCAACAUGAAACUGUUGAUUUUAUGUAUAAAGGAGUUCGAUGAGAGAGACAGCGAUAGAAUCAACCAAAGUCAUAAUCAAACAGCUGAAGAUACUGAUAUUCUCUUAACAAUAAGCACUACAGUAUACUGUGUAGAUAAGCGCAACAGGGAGAGGAGAAAGAGCGAGCAAGGCAAAUAACCAAGUAUAAAUUGAGCAACUGUAGAUAGUCAAAUUCAGAGAGUGAGAGAGAAGAAAGGGUUAAAAAAACAACAAGACAAAACAGAUUUGUGUUGUGUGGUAUUGACACAUUGUGAACCGUUUUGUGUGUGAAAACUGUGUAAAAUAUGCAUGGCAGUCAUCGGCAAUGAAUGUCCUCCGUUGCAAGGUUCAAAAAAUGAUUUGACCAAAUCUACAAACUGUUGAUUCCUUCCAAUCAUGUUACAAGCCAUUAAAUCUUCCUCCUGUUUUCCACAGCUGAACUAACAGCACUGUA